CGGAGCGUCACGACGCUCCAGACGUUUGAGCUACGCGCACCACGGAAAAUGUAAGCGAGCGUCGUCGUAUCGAUACCUCGCCAUCGGAGUCUCUAUUUCUGUGCCCGUCUCUCAAGUGUGACACCUGCUCCGAAAGCGAAAUUAUCAGAGGACACGCCUGACAUAAUUUCGGCGGCGCGCUGACUUAAUUCGGCGUUUGUGAUACUCGUGAGCAGCUGAUACGCGCGUGUCCAGGUCAUGCCGAUAUGAAGAUGUAAACGAGGACACGCUAAUCGGACUUUAGUUGAACAAGAGUGAUCUAUCCGUGUAUUUAUUGAUAUAUACUUAAACAUUGAACACACAGUGUACCAGAGUGAAGUGACGUUUCUGUCGAUUAUCACACAAGUUUUAUUGCCGUGAUGAAGCUGCACGAGAAGAAAGAAUCAGGUAUCCACAGGGUGCAAGAGAUACCUCUCGAAGAACUGGAUUUAUCGAAGGAAUACAAUGUGGAAAAGACUCUAGGUGAAGGCAGUUUCGCAAAAGUUUUAUUGGCAACUCACAGAGCCACCCAGACAAGGGUGGUUUUAAAAGCGGUUCAUCAAGAACUUACAACUGAGAAGGACUUUUUCCGGGAAUUUCACUAUUCAUAUCACCUGAGUCCGCAUCCUAGUAUACUCUGCUCGUACGCAGUCGCCUUUAAAGCGGAGAAAUGUUUCGUCUUUGCACAGGAAUAUGCGCCCUAUGGCGAUCUCGCAGGCAACGUGAAAGCCGGCGGACUCAGCGAGGAGGCAUGUAAGAGAAUCGCUGGUCAGCUUGCCUCGGCCCUCGACUUCAUUCAUUCAAAACAACUAGCCCAUCGCGACAUCAAGCUGGAAAACGUAUUGGUGUUCUCGCAGGACAUGAGCAAGGUGAAGCUAUGCGACUUUGGCUGCACAAGGCGGGAAGGCACCCUCGUGAAUAAAAUCCGUUGUACCUGGGUGCCAUUCCAACCACCCGAGAUUCACGAAAUCAUCAAGAAUGAAAGGUAUAGUUGCAAGAGGAGCUCGGAUUGCUGGCAGUUUGGUAUCGUUCUCUUCGUUUGCCUGACCGGCAAUCCACCGUGGCAGAGCGCCGACCCGAUCCAAGACCCAGACUACUCGGCCUUUCAACGAUGGCUGAAACGACGUACUACAAAAAUCCCGCCGACUUUCCGCCGUUUCACUCCUAGACUACUCCGAUACUUCAGGCGAGCAUUCGAACACAAGCCAGACAAAAGACCGCACGUAACCGAGAUCAACAAGUACCUAAAGGAUUCGUGGUGCAUCAGUAAGAUCAGUCACAGUGCGACGUCGACAUCGGUUGAUGUCAGCGAAAGCCUUGCUAAGCGAGGCGAUAGUCUGCUCUAUCUCGAUACCAUCUUGGACGAUCGACACAACGUGGACGAGAACAAGAACAAAUUAAGGAAGUUGCUCAACAGUUACGGCUUGGAGACUACGGUGGAUCAGAAAGUCGUCACUAAAAGAAUAUGGGAAUGGGUAAUGCAGUGCGACUCUAAUAUCGACACAGAGCCAGGUCUAAUCAGUAGCUUCAGCACGGAGGACAUGUGAGAGAUAGUGAGAACCAACAGCGAGCCGUGCCUUCGGGUUACUCAAGAAGAAGCGAGUAAGUUCCGAAAGGGCAGCUUCUACAUGCCGUACAAAUGUGCCAAAUAAUCAGCUGAAGCUAUCUAACUGAAAGACAUUUUCCGAAAAAUUUAUUCAAAGAGUGUUCCGAAAAAAAGACGGAACGCGAUUAUAUUUUAGCAACGUUUCCAGAAUGUCGAAACGCUAAUCACAGGCGGACCAAUUACUGACGAACUUCCUUAAUUAUGUAAGAAUAAAGAAAUCACGAAAAAAUUCAAGAGGUCAUGAUAUUUAUAUUAAUCGGUAUUAAAAAUAAUAACUCAUUAAUAUUCUCAAAAAGAUAAGUAUGUAAAAGAUGUCAUGAAAAUAUUUAAAAGACAUUUCUCUUUCUUCAUUAAUCUCUCAAGCAUUAUCUCUAUGUUUAGAAUUUUAUAUUACUUUGACAAUUUGAAACAAAAAUAAGAUACAUUUCUUGAUCAUAAAAUACUCUAGCAGUUAAGUGUAAAUGUGAUAUAUAAAUAUCGAGAGAGAGAAACCGAGCGAGCGAGCGAGAGAAUAUUUAUGAGCGAAAAAAACGGUGAUAAUUAACUUGAUGUGCUAACUAUAGGACAAUAAUGCCAGUGCAUAUGAUUUCUGCAUUAGUCAGUUAUCCUGGUAAACCGAUGGUCUUACAAUUAGUGAUGCCUUAUGCGCGAUUAAGUGCGAGGUUAGACAGCUAUUUAAAGAUAUUUCGUACAUCCUUCGAAUUUGAAAUCCGUUUCGGUUUAUAUUACUUAGUGAUGUAAUCUUGAUUGUUAGACAAGAGAUAAGAAAGCAAGAAGACUGUAUAAUCCAGGGAUUCCCAGACCGGAGAUCGUAACUCCAAAUGUAAUAGUCCAUGAAAAACAUUUUCGGAAACAAAUCAUUCUUAUUCUAUAACAAUCGAAAAGAAAAAAACUUUAUCACUCUAAAUUGAGAAAUAUGUUCUAUCUAUUAAAAUUUGUACUUAAAAAAACGUCGAAAACAUUAAGAAUCUAGCAUAGCCAAAAGAUACAAAGAUACGAACAGGGAUCAUAAUGCGCAAUAGACCGGAAGUAUAGUUAAUAACAAGAUGUAAAUCACACAAAUGUAGAUACAUUUAUAUAGAUACAUUUAUAGAGUCAGAUAUACAUUCGCAUUCGUGCUAGACAUAUAUAUAUAUACAGAUAUAUAUACAUAUAUGUAUAUGUAUCAUAUAUAUAUGCAUGUGUACGUAUACACGUAGGCAAAUAUAAUACACAUAUAUUCUUGUAGCAGUUUAUGGUGUAGCGCAUAGAGGUUCCGUUUGUACAAUUAGUUACGCUAUUUCGUAACGGUGAUAUAGGUAUACCGUAUUAUUGCGUGCACGUUGCGAUUCCAACAAUUGUAAUAAUCUUUCAUUAACGAUCUUAAAUGCAUUAAAACGCCCAUGAAAACAACAUGUAAAAUGGGUGUUUUGCGACGAAUCGGUUGCCAAAUUCAUCGCUUGUUUCUUGCGAUUGAGUAUCAAGACAAUUAAAAAAGAAUUUGUGUUCUAAUCAAUUAUUAAUAUAUGAUUAUAAUUACAAUUUGUACAUAUAAAUGACAUCGGUUUUUAUUCUAAUUUUAUGAUAAACCGAUUGAAGUGAUUUGUAUUUUAAAUAUCCGAAUUUUACACGAAUACAAAAUUAUAAGACUGAACUAGAAAAACUUCUAAUACAUUGGAGGAAAUAAGACGUUGGUUUAUUUUUAUCUACUUCCGAUGCACGUAACUUCCCACAGACAUAAGUCAGUAAAUAAUCGCAACGUGUGGGACUCGUGCAUAAUCCUUCUAUAGAAUCCCGAAAAUGGAUCGUUAUCCGGAUGAUUGUGUGUACAAAUACGUCUAUAAAAGAUCGGCGUAAAGAACCCGUUAACGAUCGGAAUCCAUGCGAAUGAAUGUUUCUAUAUAUUUGUACGUUGAAUGUGGGAGUGUACAUACGCGCGAGCAUAAUGACAUCGCUAUUCGACAAUAUUCGGACAAUCGUCAUUAUCGUACUGCUAUUUCUUCAUAUUGUCCGAAUUGACUGAGUGAUAAGAUAAACAAGUGCAAGUAGCCACUUUGCAAAGAAGCUGGCGCGUGUAAUCAUUAAUACGAAGAAAUGUUUUGUAUAUAUCGAAAUAAAUUAUAAAAUUGUAUAAAAUUGA